GUUGUCUUCCGGUCUUCCGCCUGUGAGCUCCAGACUCGGGACUCUGCUCCAGACCAAACCUGAGACCGGACUUUAGACCAGACCCUCAGACCCGCAGCCCGGAGUUUCUCCCGGGACCUGCGGUGUUUCUGCCGGACUCAGUGCACGGCCCCGGUCUCUCUCUCGGACCCUUAGACCUUCCAGACUUUCAGAGCCUCAGCCCGGACCCAGACAGGGCGCACGCCUCUAAUCUCUCGCUUGGAGCCUCAGAGCCUCAGCCCAGACCCAGCGCGCGGCUCCGGUCUCGGAUUUACUGGGACCCGCUGUGACUCACGUGCACCGGAUCCUCACCUGUAUGACGUCAGGGAUGCUGUCCUCACGCCUAUUAAAGCCCGUCUCUUGGCUCCCCACGAGCCUGACCCGGGUGCGCGCUGCCAGCACCGAGAUCAGACCCAAAGAGCAGAUACAGAAGCAGGAGCUAGGGAGAGAUGAACCACGCCCGCUCUACAUGGACUUCCAGGCCACUACACCCAUGGACCCUCGGGUGCUGGAUGCCAUGUUGCCGUAUCAGGUCAACUUCUACGGAAAUCCUCAUUCCAGAACACAUGCGUACGGCUGGGAGAGUGAGAGCGCCAUGGAGAAGGCGCGCAAGCAGGUAGCAGACCUGAUCGGGGCUGACCCUCGAGAGAUUGUCUUCACGUCUGGCGCCACAGAGUCCAACAACAUGGCCGUCAAGGGUGUGGUGCGGUUCUAUGGGCAGAAGAAACGUCAUGUCAUCACAACUCAGACGGAGCAUAAGUGUGUGCUGGACUCCUGCAGGGUCCUAGAGUCUGAGGGGUUUAGUGUCACGUACCUCCCAGUGCAGAGCAACGGCCUCAUUGACCUGGAGCUCUUGGACAAAUCGAUUCGCCCAGACACUUCUCUCGUCUCCAUCAUGACAAUCAACAACGAGAUCGGAGUCAAACAGCCAAUCAGAGACAUUGGUCAUCUGUGUCGAUCUCGGGGCGUGUUUUUUCACACAGACGGAGCUCAGGCCGUUGGAAAAAUCCCUCUGAAUGUCACCGAACUCAACAUCGAUCUUAUGUCCAUCAGUGCCCACAAGAUCUACGGCCCCAAGGGUGUGGGAGCUCUCUUUGUGCGGAGGCGUCCUCGUGUGCGUUUGGAGCCACUGCAGAGUGGAGGAGGACAGGAGAGGGGACUCAGGUCUGGGACUGUCCCCACUCCUUUGGCUGUGGGGUUGGGAGCAGCCUGCAGCAUCGCCCAGGCAGAGAUGGUGUACGACCAUCAGAGGGUGUCGGCUCUUGCCCAGAGGCUGAUGCACAAAAUCACAUCUCAAAUCCCUGACGUAAUUUUGAACGGCGACCCAGAUCAGAGAUACCCAGGCUGUGUGAACCUGUCGUUUGCGUAUGUGGAGGGAGAGUCUCUGCUUAUGGCUCUCAAAGAUGUGGCUCUGUCCUCAGGAAGUGCUUGUACCUCUGCGUCUCUUGAGCCUUCCUACGUCCUCAGAGCCAUUGGAGCAGACGAAGACCUGGCCCACUCCUCCAUCAGGUUUGGUAUCGGUCGGUUCACCACUGAGGAGGAGGUGGACUUUACGGCUCAGAAGUGUGUGCAGCAGGUGCAGAGGCUACGAGAGAUGAGUCCUCUGUGGGAGAUGGUGCAGGAGGGAAUCGACAUAAAGAGCAUCAAGUGGACCCAGCACUAGAGCUCUGCAUCCAUCAGGAGCCUCCUCUGCUCAAACCCCGCCCCCUCACAUAUGAAACCCACCCUUUUACCUCCAGACUCCUCCCCCUUUAGCUGCCGACACUUCUCUCUGAUGUGAAUAGACCUGGACACAGGCCAGAACCACAACUUUGAUAUUAAAAAAACAUUUAAAUUUAUUGUGUCCUUACUACACCAUUGUCGAGUGAAAAGAGAGUGAAGCAAUCUAAAACAGUGGCUGUGUCCUGCUCUGCCUCCGCUCAAACGCGCACAAACCUGAGAGCAAUUAUAACCUGUAUCCUCAAUAGAGAUGGAGAUUUUUGAAUAUUUUCAUGUUAAGACCUGAGCUUUAUGUGAAGAGUUACACAGUUACACUAUACAUUUAACUAUACAGUUAUUCUGAGCCUUUAAAGGUGGUUGUGUUUUAGCCUUCAAAAGUUAUUGUGUUGUGGAUAGUUUUGGUUUUGAUCUAUUUCUGUCUCAAUAAAAAUGUAUGCUCAAAAUGGC